CUCCUACGCAAUUUACUGGAGAGAGAGAGGGGAAGCGGAAGCGCGCCAUUAAGUGUGAUUUGGGUUGCUUUUGAAAAUUUAGGGCUUUUCCUUCGGCUCCAAGAUUUCAAUUUUCAAUGUUUUGUUUGUUAAUUGAUUCUACUGCGGUUUCUUAGCCUUCUGUUCUUGUUGAUUCUCAAACUCCACUCUAGGGUUUAUACUGUUCCGUAAAUUCUAUUUCAGAAAAUUUGGUGAAAUUUAUUUUCAAUUUCUAAUCUAUGGUUCGAAUCGUAAAACGAGAGCCAAGUAGUGGAAAUGGCGAUGGUGGUAGAGGGAUUGGUAGUACUAGCACUACUACUAGUAGUAGAAGAAGUAGAGAUGUUUUAGAGAAUCAUGGUGAUGCAGAAGCAGGUACUGCAAGAGACACCAAUCGUGGAACCGAUGGUGUUACCGAACGCAGACUUCUUCGGUCUCGUUACCACUCUUUCAAGAAUCGAAUUAGCGAUGAGAGAGAUGAUAUUUCGAGGGUUGAUUCCGAAAAGUUUAAGGCCAUAAUUGAUGAAGUUGAAAGCUUGCAUCAGCUAGUGCAAAAGCCCAGGGAACAAGUUGCAGAUGCAGAGGCUCUGUUGGACAUUACAAACACUUUGUUGACAUCUGUCAAGGCACAUAGCAAUGAAGGAGUGACUCCUUCAGAUUUUGUCACUUGUCUGCUUAGGGAUUUUGGGCAACAUGGUGGAGUGACUACCAACAUGGACGAGGGCAGGAACUCCAUACGUUGGAAAGACAUUGGCCUUCCAGUGUCUCAUGUUUUCACAGGGAGUCCUAGUUGUUGCACCAUGCUUGGCCCAAUGAAUACUGAAAUCAAGCAACGUAAAGCUGUUGUCCAUAGGAAACGAGAGAGACCAACAGAAAGUGCUCGACCUGAGGAGCUUGAUGACACUCUUACAAAAGAGAGAACAGACACGGAUAAAAAUAUGGUAACUAUGUUUGAUAUUUUGAGGAAGAAUAGAAGGGUGAAGCUUGAAAAUUUGACCCUGAACAGGAACUCCUUUGCACAGACAGUGGAAAAUCUGUUUGCUCUAUCAUUUCUGGUUAAAGAUGGGCGGGCUGAAAUAAAAGUGGAUGAAGAUGGCUGUCAUCUAGUUUCACCAAGGAAUGCUCCUGCAGCCAAUGCAGUUGUGUCUGGGGAGGUUGCUUACAGCCACUUCGUCUUCAGAUUUGAUUUCAAGGAUUGGAAGUUCAUGAUGGCUGCUGUUAGUGUUGGAGAGGAACUGAUGCCCCAAAGGAAUGGAGUGGAUGAAUCAAGCAAUUCUCAACCAAAUUCAACAUCUGGAAAAACUCAAAUAGCGUUGCCUACAACCCCAAUUAGGAAAUUGUCCAGGAAUCGUGGUCUGGUUUUGCAGGUACAGACGGUUGUUAAAGACUCACCAGAAAGUGAUGAUUUAACUGCAAGGGCUGUUGCCAUUAGGAAGGGAAAGAGAAAGGUUAGAUGAGAUGGUUGCAGCAAUGGAGUUUUUUGCGUUAUGCUAUUUUUUUGUUAGAUGGGUACACGAAAACAUAGAGAAUGCAAAUGAAUUGUGGUUGUAUUUAGGUAUCAUAUGCUGACAGAAUCCCCCCUAGGCCAAUUUCUCUCAGGUUGAAAUGUAUAGAUUUGCGUUUUCUGUUCUCUUGUAGUUUAUUAUUCUACAGAUUUUAGAUGGAUUGUAGUUUGAUUUGUUGGUGCCAAGCCAAGUCCCUCUCCAUUAAAUUCUCGU